AUGGUCAUGGGGAGGGAUUUAGAUCGUUACAAGACUCAGAAAAAGAAUGCGCUACAUGAGGAUAGCAUAUGGGCACUUUCAUGGCCACAGGACGAUAGGCUGAUUUCCGGAUCAAUCGAUGAGACAGUCAAGGUAUGGAAAAUGGCUUCAGACUCCGGCGAAAAGAUGCAGCAGAUAGAAGUUCAGCCCAUCUCGACCUUUCCUGGUCAUUUCCUUGGCGUCGUCUCUGUGUCAGCCACGAAGGACGGCAAGCUGUGCGCUGUUAGCUCGUUAGAUGGGAGGAUAAGAAUAUGGAAUUUGGAGGAAAGAGCUGUACAGAGGAGUAUAGAUCCUGGACUUGUUGAAACAUGGACUGUCUGCUUCCACCCAUCGGGGGAGAUGUUAGCGUCUGGAACUCAGACGGGGAAGAUAAAUGUGUAUCAGACUCACUCCAAGGAAGACAAGCCUGAGGCUACCAUCAAGUCGGAUGGACGAUUCAUCCUGGCUACAGCCUACAGUCCUUGUGGCAGGAUGAUCGCUGCUGGAUCCAAUGAUGGAGUUGUGAGCUUGUUCGACACAGAGAACGGCAACUUGAUCCGGAAACUGGAAGCGCACAGCAGUGCCGUCAGGUCGAUUGCAUGGAGCCCAGAUUCUCAGACCGUUUUGACGGGAAGCCAAGACAAAUCAAUCAUGAUUCAUGACGUUUCUGCAAAGACGAACGCAGCGAUGCUGCCUGGGCAUGAUUCAUGGGUGUUGUCGGUUGCUCACAACCCUUCGAGGCCAGAGUGCAUCAGCGGCGGGAGUGACAAGAAAGUUCGAGUUUGGGAUCUUGCUCAACGGCAGCUGAGUCAAAUUGUCGAAGAACACACCGACCAGGUUUGGGCGGUGGACUACAAUCCGAGUGGAACGAGGUUCGUCUCAUCCGGUGAUGACGGGGCCCUGGUGGUCGGACAGAGCUUGCGGAGUGGCAGUUAG